AUGGGUGCCCACAUUAAAAAAAUACGAGUGCUUAAGGCGUUGGUGUUGGUGGUGUUGGUGAUGGUGGUGUCGCCACAAUGGCGUCUCUGCGUCUUUGCGAACGCCGAGGAGGAGGUGGGGAGCAAGAGUAGUAAUGAUACUACUACUACUACUACGAAAGAUGAUGGAGAGAAAAGGAGGAUUUUUGGGGGCAUUUUUUCUUCUUGGUUCUCGGAGGGACAAAAACAAACUCGUACUCCUUCGUUCGUCGGAAAGUGCCGAGAGCGGUGUAAAGGACUGAAUGUAUCGUCUUGGGGGCCUAUGUGCGAUACGAAAAACAACGCGACGUACGCGAACGAGUGCUGGUUUCGGUGCACACACGAUUUGGAGGAAAGUUCUGGUGAUGUGCAAUCUUUGUCUGUUUUGGAGGAAGGUGCGUGCGCUUUUUUCUUCGAUCCGAUGAAGCGAGCGUGCGUGUACGAAGCGUGUUUAGGAGCGAAGGAUUUAAUGGAGUUUCAGCCGUGA